GAGGUAACGUAAAUGCGCGAGAAAAUAGUCGCUGAAAUAGCGCGUAGUGUGUGGAGAUGGUCUGCUGCUAACAUUAGCUAGCACGUUAGUUAACAUUACAAACUGUUAGGCUAAGCUAGCAGUUAUCAUGUUGCUUCAUACACAGCCGGGUGUCACUAUGUGGACGAAAGCAAAAGUACUCCGCGGUGCUUUCUGUGCAGCUCAGUCAGUCCACGCUGUGAAACACAGACCAGGAUCCUGUAGCGUUGGUAGUGGUCCAGGGAAGACCUGGGUUAGACCCAGCGGGUUCGAUACGGGUUUAAAGACUUUCAACAGCCUGACCAAACAGAAAGAGCCUCUCAUUCUGGCAAGAGAAGGAGUAGCUACCUGGUACAGCUGCGGACCCACAGUCUACGACCACGCCCACCUGGGUCAUGCCUGCUCGUAUGUCAGGUUUGAUAUUCUGCAGAGGAUCCUGUCCAGGUUGUUUGGAAUCACUGUGAUCCAUGCCAUGGUCAUCACUGACAUAGAUGACAAGAUUAUCAAAAGAAGUUUGGAGGACAAUGUUUCUCCAACCACCAUAGCCUCAGUGUACGAGGAGGAAUUCAAGAGGGAUAUGCUGUCAUUAAAGGUGACUCCUCCUGCAGUGUAUCUAAGAGUCACUGACAAUGUGCAUCACAUUGUCUCCUUCAUUGAGGGGAUCGUGAAAAACGGACACGCUUAUGCCACAAAGGAAGGUGACGUGUAUUUUGACAUCCAGUCCAUUGGUCAUCGUUAUGGCAAGUUUGUGGGAGCUGUGGGUUGUCAGGUAGAACCUGGCAACUCAAAUAAACGAGACGGGAGGGAUUUUGCUCUUUGGAAGCCGUCCAAACCUCAGGAACCAUCCUGGGAUUCUCCGUGGGGCAGAGGAAGACCUGGCUGGCAUAUCGAAUGCUCCACCGUCGCUAGCUCAGUGUUUGGGAGUCAGCUGGACAUCCACUCUGGAGGGAUCGACCUGGCCUUUCCUCACCAUGAGAAUGAGGUCGCUCAGAGUGAAGCCUAUCACCUGUGUGGACAAUGGGCAAAUUACUUCCUCCACUCAGGCCACUUACACCUAAAAGGCAGUGCAGAGAAAAUGUCUAAAUCUUUAAAGAACUUUGUCACCAUCAAGGAUUUCCUGCAGUCUUACUCUGCAAAUGAGUUCCGGAUGUUUUGUCUUUUGACCAAAUACAGAUCAGGUGUAGACUACAGUGACGGCAGCAUGCUGGAGGCUCGGACCUCUCUGAGAACCAUCUCCACCUUCAUCCACGAUGCUACGGUCUACAUGAAGGGGCAGCUGCACUGUUCACCUGUACGGGAAGCUGUUCUCUGGGAGAGGUUGGCUGAGAUUAAAUCCAGCGUGGUGAAAGCUCUGGCAGAUGACUUCGAUACCCCAAGAGCCAUCAGUGCUGUGAUGAAUCUGGUUUAUCAUGGGAACCGCCAGCUGCAGCCUGUUUCUAAGUGUGAGGGAGUGACUCGGAGCCCUGCGGUGUUCGGAGCCAUGGUCCGCUACAUCACAGACGUCUUGGACGUGUUUGGGAUCGAUCUGCUGCACAGUAAGGAGGCUGCUGAGGUUCGUAGUGGUGGAAGUCUGGAGGCCGUUGUGGAGCAGCUGACUCAUUUCAGAAGUGAAGUUCGAGCAUUCGCACUAGUUCCUCAGGAUGGCCCGACCAAACCUGGACUAUACCCAGAGAGAAUCCCUCUCCUCAAAGCCUGUGACACCCUCAGAAAUGACCUGGCACCCUUGGGUGUGCUGAUAAAGGACAGAGGAGCCACCUCCACGUGGGAGCUAACUCCGAGAACAGGGAGUCAGACGGUCCAGGAUGAAGACCAGGAGACAUCCAGCUGAAACUCAUUGCGGCCUUGGAGACUGCCUCUGUAUUUCAGGCUUGUGGACUCAAUUUAACUUUAAGUGAAAGACGAUGAAAGUGGAGCGGAACGCAGAAGGCUCUCUCUGAGGACUGGCUGUUUUCCUCAGAGUAGCCCCACAUUAGGUCCUGUGCUGAGCUACACUAUAAUGCUGCCACAUGUUUUAAAGUGUCUAAUGAUUGAAUUAAUAUUAAAGCAACACUUCUGAUAUUUUGGGAAAUAUUA